AUGAGCAGUAAUAAACGAAAACGCAAAUCCGGCUCUGCGGAGACUCUGGUAACGCUUACUUCGCGGAAGCCUCAAUGGGCGUAUCUCCACCUUGAAUUAGUCUCUGCUUCCGAUUCAAUUGCUAAGGCGUCAUCUACAUCAAUGGCACCAGACCCCCUCACAGCCAAAACCUAUCUGACCGCGGCCCUCUCUCAGUAUCUUGGAUUAUCCGGUACCGCUAUACCCGUUGAUAUUUUGAAGCUAGGUAGCAGACUGGGCCAACCGGAUGGCAAAUCUGUCUGGAUUCGGGUCCCGUACGAAGAUGCUGCUGCAGUCACUGCGGCGAUGAGUUCUUGGAUUGGUGCUGAUUCCGGAUCUGGAUCAUCAAACGUAGCAUGGAGAGUUGUCUCGAGGCGUUCUCAUCUCGGUGCGCUUAUUGGAGGUAGUGGGAAGGAGCUCUUCAUUCCCUGA